AUGGGAGCUGGUAUAUAUAGAACUUUUAGACCAUUACGUGGUCACAUGACCGCAGAGCAUAAACUUGUUCCGAUUUUCGAGACUGAAGUACUCAACUACAUGGGGUUGAAAAGAAAACCACGUUCGGAAGUCCCACCAAAAUAUGACUUUCCUGAUAGGUUCUAUGCAUUGAAGUCGUCAUUAGAUAAGCUGUUCUACAAACCCCAACCACAAAGUGUAAUCACAGACCAAAUUAUCACCAUUGACCAUUUCUUUACCCCAGACUUUUGCGAUGAGCUUUUAUCUUCCUUCUCCGAUAAGUUGGUUUUAGAAACGACACCACUUAUAAAGAGCAAAGAGUACGCUGCUAGAUUCAACGACAGAGUAUCUCUCACUAAUUUCCGCGCUGCAGAUUCUUUAUGGCAAUACUUAAGGGAAAUUCUUCUUCAGAAACCACAAUUUGAAGAUGAAGAUCUAGAAGAAAUCCGACAUAUAUUUGCUGAUGCCAAAAGUUUGAACCCACAAUUGCGCGUGUAUCGUUACACUAAGGGCCAUCACUUUGGAAAGCAUUAUGAUGAGUCUGUUACUUGCCCUAUGGCACAUGAUCCAAAGGCCCAGGGCAAGACUAAGUGGACUCUCCUCAUAUAUUUGACCGGAGGGGCUGAUUUUGAAGGUGGAGGUACAAUUUUUUACCCAGAGACAAGCAGAGAGCGAAAUAAAGUGAUUAAUGUUCAUGCAGAUAAGGGUAUGGCAUUGCUUCAUAAACAUGGAGAUGAUUGCUUGAAACAUGAAGCAGAACUUGUCAAAAGCGGUGUUAAAUGGGUUUUGAGAAGCGAUGUUACUUAUUAA